AGGGGGUUUCCCCUGCACACAUUCACAGUGUCUGUGGGAACCUUCAAUCAAAUCGAAGCCAAAGCUGACCAGCAUGCUGACCAGCACUACAAUGUCUCAUAUUGAGAGAGUUUCUACCUUUAAUGAGCUGAGUUGUUAUGAACAUCUGGAGCCGGAUAAGGCAGAGGAGCAUGAGGACCCAAGAGAGUACUGCUAUGGAGGGUACCAUCCCGUACAAGAGGGAGAUGUUUUUAACAAGAGAUACAAGGUUCUGUCCAAACUCGGCUGGGGCUACUUUGCUACUGUGUGGCUCUGUGUGGACCUCAGAUCAGGCAGGCAUGUUGCUGUGAAGAUCCUGAAGAGUGGAUCUGGCUUCACCCAGGCCGGCCAGGAUGAACUAACACUACUGCGCUGUGCCAGUGGUCCUACAGCUCGAAACCCCUUAAAAGGCCGCAUUGUGCAGUUGCUGGAUGAGUUUAAGAUCGUUGGAGUUAACGGAGUCCACAUAUGUCUGGUGCUGGAGCUGCUAGGGCCAGACCUUCGCUGCUGGCAGGUGUGUUUCGGCAAACCUGGUCUGUCGCUCGGCUGUGUGAGGAGAGUAAUCGCUCAGGUGCUUGAGGGUCUUGACUAUCUGCACACCCACUGUAAGAUCAUCCAUACUGACAUCAAGCCUGAGAACAUUCUGCUGUGCCUGGAGCAGCAACCUCCAGCAAACACAGCAGGCCACAGGCCCACAACACACACAGAUACAGAGAACGUUUCAGUGAAGAUUGCAGAUCUAGGCAGCUCUUGCUGGGUGUACAAGCACUUCUGUGAGGAGAUCCAGACCCGGCAGUAUCGCUCGCUAGAAGUUCUGCUGGGCUCAGAGUACGGCCCUCCUGCUGAUAUCUGGAGUGUAGCCUGCAUGGCAUUUGAGCUUUCCACCGGAGACUCUUUAUUUGAGCCCAAAGCUGGAAAGAAUUUCUCUUUGGAAGAAGACCACCUUGCACACAUCAUUGAACUCUUAGGGAAGAUCCCUGCGUCAGUAGCCCUGUCUGGCAAAUAUUCAUCUGAGUACUUCAACCGGAAAGGUGACCUCCAGAGGAUUCCUGCCCUGCGUCCAUGGGGGCUGUAUGAAGUCCUGGUGGAGAAAUAUCAAUUUCCUCUCCAAGAGGCCGUCCUCUUCUCCGAUUUCCUGCUUCGGAUGCUGGACUUCCUGCCUGAGCGGAGAGCGACGGCAGCUCAGUGUCUAAAACACCCCUGGCUUAAACUGUGACCUUACAUUCCCUUUGACAUAAAAGACUUUUAUCUAACAUUUUAAUAGAUUAAAGAG